AUGGAGGGCGCUUUGACUGUCCGCCAGGUAAUAAACGAAGGGGAGUCAAGCUUUGCUGCUGAGCCCCAGGAAGAGUUAGAGGAGAAUCCUGGUCCAGUUGUGGAUGAGAGUAAUACAGUUUCAGCAAAAAAACAGGGACCAAAUUUACAUAACUGGAGUAGUGACUGGAGCUUUUGGAUUUCAAGUUCCACCUAUAAAGACAGGAAUGAGGAAUACAAAAGACAAUUUACACAUUUACCUGAUACAGAGAAGCUAAUAGCAGAUUAUGCUUGUGCUCUUCAGAGGGACAUUUUGCUUCAGGGACGUCUAUAUCUUUCAGAAAACUGGCUGUGUUUCUAUAGCAACAUCUUCAGAUGGGAAACUACGAUUUGUAUUGCAUUAAAGAACAUAACCUUCAUGACUAAGGAGAAAACUGCUCGACUCAUCCCAAAUGCUAUCCAGAUUGUUACAGAGGGUGAAAAGUUUUUCUUUACAUCUUUUGGUGCCAGAGAUAGAAGUUACCUCAGUAUCUUUAGGUUGUGGCAGAAUGUACUGUUAGACAAGAGCUUGACCAGACAGGAAUUCUGGCAGCUGCUCCAGCAGAACUAUGGCAAUGAGCUAGGCUUAAAUGCUGAAGAGAUGGAAAACUUGUCUCUGUCGAUCGAGGAUAAUGCACAGCCCAGAAGUCCAGGAAGAAGUAGCUUGGAUGACUGUGGGGAGAGAGAUGAAAAAUUUUCCAAGUCCAUCAGUUUUACCCGAGAAUCAGUUAAUCGGGUUUCAGAAGCAGAGUCAAUUGAUGGAAAUCCACCAAAAGGGGGGCUAGAGAAAGAGGAACCCCAAAAUGAGAAACAGAUGAAAAAGAGUUCUUUACUAACUUCAGAAAAGAGAUUAAGCAGAGUGCCGUCAAAAUCACUGGACUUGAAUAAAAAUGAAUAUCUUUCUCUGGAUAAAAGCAGCACUUCAGAUUCUGUUGAUGAAGAAAAUGUUCCUGAGAAAGAUCUUCAUGGAAGACUUUAUAUCAACCGUGUUUUUCGUAUCAGUGCUGAAAGAAUGUUUGAAUUGCUCUUCACCAGUUCACGCUUUAUGCAGAGAUUUGCCAAUUCUAGGAAUAUAAUCGAUGUAGUGUCCACCCCUUGGAAAGUAGAACCUGGAGGUGAUCAACUGAGAACCAUGACCUACACUAUAGUCCUUAAUAAUCCACUUACUGGAAAGUGCACUGCUGCCACUGAAAAACAGACACUGUAUAAAGAAAGUCGGGAAGCACAAUUUUAUUUGGUAGAUUCAGAAGUCCUGACACAUGAUGUUCCCUACCAUGAUUACUUCUAUACCCUGAACAGAUACCAUAUCAUCCGAUCCUCAAAACAGAAAUGCCGGCUGAGAGUUUCCACUGAUUUGAAAUACAGAAAACAACCAUGGGCCAUUAUCAAAUCUCUAAUUGAAAAGAAUUCCUGGAGUUCCUUGGAGGACUAUUUCAAACAGCUUGAAUCAGACUUGUUAAUGGAAGAAUCUAUGUUGAAUCAGUCCAUUGAGGACACCGGAAAACUUAGUGGCUUGAGAAGGAGAAGGCGAACAUUCAACCGAACAGCAGAAACAGUUCCUAAACUUUCUUCUCAGUGUUCUUCUGGAGAUGUGGGCUUAGAUGCCAGAGGGGACAUUUCAGGAAAGAAAAAGGAAAUGGAAAGCUAUAACAUUGCCCUUAUUGUGGUGAUGAGUAUUUUUUUGCUGUUGCUAGUUUUGUUGAAUGUGACGCUGUUUCUGAAGCUGUCAAAGAUAGAAUAUGCUGCUCAGUCCUUUUACCAUCUCCACCUCCAAGAAGAGAGAUCUUUACAUUUAGCCUCUGAUAUGGUGUCAGGAGUGGAAAGUAUUCAAAAGAAAAAAGACCAGGCCCAUCAUUUAAAAGGAGUGCUCCGAGACUCCAUCUUGAUGCUCGAACAGUUAAAGAGCUCACUCAUUAUGCUUCAGAGAACUUUUGAUCUACUAAAUAAGAACAAGACUGGCAUGACUGUCGAAAGCUAG